AUGACCAUCGCCACAACUCAUAAAGCCUUCUUUGGUGCAACGGGCGGAUGCACAAACGCCUGCCUGGUCCACACCCUCAAUGCCGGAUUCCACGCCACUGCUCUCGCCCGCACACCCUCCAAGCUCGUUGAGAUGCUCCAAGCCCAAGGGAUCACUCAAGACGUCAUGGACGCCCAGCUCACAAUCUUCAAGGGCGACAUCUCUGACAUCCAUGCCAUCAAGGACACCCUCACCAACCAUGAUGCAGGCACCACCGGUACUGUCACCCUUGCCUCGCAGAUCAUCUCGGGUAUUGGCGGCACCCCUCAGAUGCAGAUUUCACUCCGUCGACCCGUGACGAUUGAUAAUCCUGAGGUUUGUGCCACGGCGACAAAGAACAUUAUCAAAGCUCUCCAGGAGAUCUACAGGACCCAACCCUCGACUGCCUUGCGCAAGCCCUCCAUCACCGUUAUUUCCACCACUGGUGUCUCGGAUACCAAGGAGGAUGUUCCUUUUGCGUUCAGGAUCCUAUACCACGUCGUUCUGGCUGACCCUCACAAGGACAAGAAGGAGAUGGAACGUCUCGUCACCGAGAACACUGGAAACGGAGGAGCAUUCAGUGGUGCGGUGAUUGUUCGACCUAGUCUCUUGACGGGAGAUCAGUCUGUGAAGGGAGGACAGGGGUGGGAGAAAUUGAGGGUUGGACGGGAGGAUGAGCCUGCGGUCGGGUACACAGUUCAUAGGGCCGAUGUCGGACAGUGGAUUUUUGAACAGGUUGUCAAGACGGGAGGCGAGGCUCGCUUCGGGCAGCGUAUUACUCUUACCAACUAG